GCCUGCUGCUGCCGCUGGUUCUCGCGGCGCCACCGCCGCACCGAAGAAGUACGGAGAUCGUCGAUACAGAGGCAAGCACCCUCGAGAGGGAGCCGCGGCAGCGGCAGCGUCUGUGCCCGACGACGAGACCUACGAAGAGGAAUGGGCCGACGAGUGGGCUGGUGAGGACUGGGCCGAGGACGACGACGAGGAGUCGGAGAUUCCACCGAGUUCGGCGGAGUUUCGACGCACCCGAGGUGAUCGCAAGAAGUGGCGCGGAGGACCAUGCCCAGCCCCACCUCCACUCGAGGCCAGGUUUCAGAAUAUAUACAAGCAGCCGAGAUACUACCAGAAGUGGGUUAGGAAAGUACACAUGUGGAAGGCCAGGGCGCGACACUACAAGCCGAUGGCCGAACUGGCCCUGGACCUUUCAGACGUCAUCACGGGUGAAGGCGCAGAGAUGAUCGAGUCCUUGGAGUGGACCCGGUUGUAUUCACAGGAUGGUAUUGAUUUGGUGAUCAACUCCCUCGCCGUGUUUGAUGAACAGCAGAUCCUACAGGUUGGAGACCUCAUGGAAGAGUAUGAAGAAGUGGAGCGUCUGCCCGGUGAGCUGCUGGCUGCAUACGUCGCGCAUUUCAAGGAUCUCGAGAUGCGGCUCAAGCGGGCAGAGCUCCCAGCUCAGCAAGGACAAUUUCGAGCAUUCAAGUUGUUGCGAAGUUCAUGUUUAUCGCCGGAGGUCCGGCGCAACCUUCUCCUCGCCACGGGCAAUGAGUAUGACUUCGACCGCCUGGUUCAGGCUGACAUUAUUCCCGAGGACGAGGCUGAGGAGAACGAAGAUGAAGAUGACCCCGAUCAAGCAGAAGUCAAUGAGGCUUACGCCGAGGAGGUUGACAGUAUCCAGGUCAUGCAGGAGGUGGCGGACGCUUUGACCGUCACCAGCGACAAGUUGAAGAAGCUGACCUUGGGCCGCGGGUGGACCGGAAG